AUUGCCGACGAUUUAAAAUGGAACAUAAUAUAAAAAAUAAUUCGUGCUUUAAAUUAACUACAGUUAAUUGUUUUUCGACAUGCACAAUACUAAUUGUUUGAAACCUUUGUCACUAUUUAAUUGUCAUGGGAUUGUUCACAUUAAUACACAAACCGUCGAGUUAUGAGUACUUCUAUGAAAAACACUAAAAGAGUUCUAUCUGAAGUAUAUUCUGCGUUGAAUGAGAAAUAGUAAAGUUAUAAAAAAUGAGAACUGUGGACCCUGAACUUUGGUACAAGAGACUUAAGAAGCCAUCACGCAUGAAAGAGAGAUUGCAAUUCCAUUCUUAUCAGGCGUCAAAUUUUGAGAUAAGACUUCGAACAAGUUUUUCAAAGGCAAUGAAGGAUUUAGCGAGGAACCUCUCACUCUCAGGAGUUAAAACCGCAAUGCAUACUAAAAAGCCUAUCAGGUCCAUCUUUGUGAGUCUGUUAAUGUUAGGAGUAUUUAGUGGAGUGCUAAUAACGUUACUAAAUAUCUAUAAGUUCCGGCAUGAGCCUCCACUUUUGGUGAACCAGCAGCCGAUGCAGCAUCCACAACAGCAUGUUGAGUUCCCAGCCGUGGCUCUUUGUACCUACAAUAUUAUAAGUAAACGCGCGCUACACAACUAUGCGAGACGAUUGGCAUCUUUAGAUAAAAAUGGGACGUUUACGCUUUCUCAAAUAGAAGCGAACUUAUUGGCGUUUGGUGGCCUACUGACUACGUCACCGGAGCCAUUCGAUCUUCCCUUUAUGACAUUUUUGUCCGAUGUAGAUCAUGAAACUAACAUCACAAAUAUUAUGCUGAAGCUUUCGCCGACAUGUGAGUCAAGACUCGAGCGGUGCUCCUGGAAAGCUAAAACUAUACCCUGCCACUUACUGUUUGCAACCCGUAUCACUGGUAGCGGCUUUUGUUGCGUCAUGAAUGCCAGAUACAGCCCAGAAGACAAAAAGAGAGAGGCCAAGAAAGUGACCUUUGUGGGAGAAGAUCAGAGUCUUAUUGUUGCCGUGAAAGAAGAUAUUGACGACGUCGCUUUUGCUCGCCGACCUUGCCAUGAUGUUGAGGUUAUACUGUUUGACGGCAUGCAAUAUCCUCUAACAGAAGUUAGCGGAGUCCACUCAUAUCCUGCUCACUUCAACUCCUCAGUAUAUUUGAAAUUACAUUUUGAGGCACAGUAUAUCAGCCAUCAAUUGAUGUAUCACAGUGAAGCGUGGCGCGGAUGCCGUGUGUCAGACCACGGCUGGACUCGCAAUGAAGUUGAAUGCAUUUUGCAGUGCCGCCGUAAUGCUACACUGGCGCUCUGCUCUUGCGUGCCCUACACGCUUCAGCCAGAACCUCAUCACAAAACAAGCUUACAUACUUUAAACCGACUGGUCAUGGUGCAAAUCACGUGAGCCUGGAGAAAGAGCGGUCGGAUGGUGUACUAUGUGCGCAAUGCCAGCCUGACUGCACAGGGCUAGUAUACUUUGCGGAAUCAUCGCACGUCCAUUAUAAUCUCGCCCCCAUGAAGAAACUUUUCUUAAGCAAACUACUCCAUGGCUUAAACCUUAACUCAACGGUUAUUCGAAUUUUCUAUGCAUCGGAGGAAAAUCAGAUCUUUUACCUGCUAGAAACCAAUCUGCGAUUCUUUGAAGAUAUUGCGCUUAUGGGUAGUCACUGGAUUCUGCUAAGCGGCGGAAGUAUAUUAAUAGUUACGUUUGAAGUUAUCUACCACUGCACCAUCAGAUGGCGCCACCACCACAGACGGACAUAACUAUUUCAUAACACAGCACAGGUCAAGGGUCACUUGGCACAUCAGUAACGUGUGGUGAAGCUGACGCAGUCGUGGGCCUGUGUGCUGGAUUGUCACCGAUAAUUGCUGGAAUCACCUAAAAAGAAUAUGAAUUUUUAU